AUGCCGUCCGCGCUCGUUACGGGCGCCUCAGGAUUUCUAGGCCGUCAAGUGCUCAACGCCUUUUCGGAUGCCGGCUGGAAUGCGACAGGCACAGGCUUCAGCCGCGCCUCAGAGACAGUCCGCAAGGUAGACCUCCAAGAUGCCGACGCAGUCACCAAGCUGUUCGAUCAGGUCAAACCUCAAGUCGUCGUCCACUGCGCCGCAGACAGACAACCGGACUCGUGCACCCGAAACCCAGAAGCAGCACACAAGCUGAACGUGACAGCGACCGAAAUCCUCGCCUCCUGCGCCGCAAAACACAAUGCCUUCCUCAUCUACAUCUCCACGGACUACGUCUUCCCCGGCAUCCAAGGCCAAGCUCCCUAUAAACCCACCGAUACCCCAAAGCCCACCAACAUCUACGGCCAGACAAAACUCGACGGAGAGACCGCGGUCCUCCAAUCCCCCAAUAAUACAGUGGUGUUGAGAGUCCCCGUGCUCUACGGACCGACCUCGCCCAAGGAAAACAAUAAAGAGUCGGCGGUCAACGUCCUGAUGGACAGCCUGUGGAAGUCGCAGAACGAGAAGGUGAAGAUGGACGACUGGGCCAUCCGCUACCCUACAAACGUGCAAGACGUGGCGAGGGUGUGUCUCGACAUUGCAAAACUCUACACCGCCUCACCGCACCCGGAGAACCUCCCGCGCAUACUGCAGUUUUCAAGCGAGGACCGCAUGACAAAAUACGAAAUCACGCAGAAAUUCGCCGAGAUCAUGGGCCUGUCCCUGGACGGGAUCGUGCCUGAUAAAGAGGGAGGCAAGCCGGCCCCCGAUGGGACGUUGAGGCCGUAUGAUUGUCAUCUGGACACGAGCGAAUUGCAGAGGCUGGGCAUUGACGUUUCCACGGUCGAUUUCGUCGCGUGGUGGCGAAGGUGGGUUGGGGCUUAUCGGCAUUGA